AUGGACACAGCACCAGCAAAAAUUAAUGAAAUUCUUGAAAAGUUUACUUCUGAGGGUUCAGGUGCUGAUAUGGUUUGUUAUCAUUGUCAUAUAACAGGAAAAUAUCAAGCUGCUGCUUACAAUGAAUGCAAUCUUAAGCUUCGCACCAGGUCUGGUAUAACUAAGUUCAAUUUGCGUGGCUAUGAUUCUCGUCUGAUCAUGCAGGCCCUUGGUAAAACUAAAAGGCACGCUUUAGCAAAAAAUCUUGAAAUAGGUGACUUGAAUAUAAUUCAAGUCGACUUAACUGAUAGUAAGCUAUUACUGCUGAAACGUAAAGCGUCUUUAGAAAAACCAUGGAGAACCUUCGAAAGGCGUAUACGCAUUAAUCUUGUUCGUGGAAUCGAAGAAGAUCGAUUAGGGAAGCUUGUUGCUUAUUUAUCACAUAAAAUAUUUGAUGGUGAUCUUACUGCUAUUCAUAAUACAAUAGCUAGACUAAAAUUUAAUCGACCAAUUUAUGUUGGUCAGGCUGUCCUCAAUCUUUGCAAGCACCUAAUGUACAAUUUCUGGUACAACCAGAUUAAAUUAAAGUAUAAUGAAAGAGCGCAAUUACUUUAUACUGAGACUGGUAAUUUAUUAUUCCAAGUAGAAACUAAAGAUAUUUACAAAGAUAUGAAAGAAAAUAAAGAUUGUUACAAUUUUAGUAAAUUUCCAAAAGACCAUCCAUGUUUUGACGAAACUAAUAUAAAGGUUGUCGGCAAAUUCAAAGACAAGUUUAAUGUCCGCUUCAUUUAA